AUGCAAGAGGGAGAAGAGGUUGGCAGCCUGGGCAAGAGAUAUGAAGAAGAGAAGAAAGAAAGGCGCCAGCGAGCCUCUAUUUAUAGCCCUCUUCUUCCGCCUUUCAAAGACCCUUGGGACACCAAUUGCUAUCUCCAGGAUCAUCGGAAAGUUAGAAAUGUGACUGGAUCAAUCAGAUGCGAGCAAUUCUUGACUACAGUACAGUUUGGGAAAGAAGCCGCUGGAGUUAGGGCUACGGAAGGGGUGCUGGCGGCCGGGAUAAGGCGUUAUUUCGGCGAGGUGGCGCUUGGCAUUGGUACAAUUAUCCUGACCAAGGUCAUCCUUCGACGUGAGAAUGACGUCUGGCAUGGAAACCCCGAGGGCAUUCGCUGA